GAACACCUGUCACCUCUCCUCCGAAUGCACCCUUCUCCUCCUCUUUUGGUGUGCUUCGUUGUCCCAAUCCCUGACUAAUUUUCAAGCUUCUCCUCUUCUCUUUCCUAAAAUAUAACCCUUUCUCUACGUCGACAAAUGACCGUUGCCGCCGCCGCCGAUGACCUCGACGAUGACGGCGACGAUGGCCGCCCUCCCUUGUUCCUCCGUAUCCAACCGCCCGUGCCUUCCCCGCACCCACCGCCGCGGUGGUCGCGCCGCCUCGUCCGCCGCCGCCAUACUCGCCCUCCUAUUCGCCACUUCCGCCUGGCUCUCCAUCGUCUUCUCUUCUCCCUCUCACCGUCUCCACUGGCCGCAUGUUCGAUCCUCCGCAUCUACUUUCUCUCCCUCCUCCCCUCUGCCUGCCCCCUCAUCCCGCAACCGAGACGAAGGGAAUGACGAAGAAGGUGAUCUCGCCCCUCUCUCCCUCCGCCACCUCGUAUUCGGAAUCGGCGGGUCAGCCAAUCUCUGGCCGAGACGCCGCGAGUUCGUCCGCCUUUGGUGGCGCCCCAGAGCCAUGCGCGGCCACGUCUGGCUAGAUGACUCUGCGCCCCGACUGCCCCCAAAUUCCUCCUUUGCUCGAUCUCUGCCUCCUGUCCUCGUCUCGGAAGACAUCUCCCGCUUCCGAUAUACCAACCCUACCGGCCACCCUUCUGGCCUCCGCAUUGCCCGCAUCCUUGUCGAGUCCUUCCGGCUUGGCCAUCACGGGGCUCGGUGGUUCGUUCUCGUGGACGACGACACUAUCCUCUGCACAGAUAAUCUCGUCACGGUUCUCUCCAAGUACGAUUGGACAGAGAUGGUGUACGUUGGGGGGCCUUCAGAGAGUCACUCAGCGAACACCUACUUUAGCCAUGCAAUGGCGUUCGGUGGCGGGGGAAUUGCCAUCAGCUAUCCUCUUGCCGAAGCUCUUUCCAGGAUGUUGGACGAUUGCAUUGAGAGGUACCCGAGGCUCUAUGGCAGCGACGACCGAUUGCACGCAUGCAUCUCUGAGCUUGGAGUCCCGCUGAGCCGUGAGUAUGGUUUCCACCAGUGGGAUAUCAGAGGAAAUGCGCUUGGUCUUUUGGCUGCACACCCACUUUCUCCUUUCAUCUCAAUACAUCAUGUUGAAGCUGUUGAUCCCCUCUAUCCUGGCUUGAGCUCUCUUGGAAGCCUGAAGCUCUUUACCAAGGCUAUGAAAGCCUAUUCUAUGAGUUUCUUGCAACGAUCAAUUUGUUAUGACAGGGGGCAAAAGUUGACAUUUGCAGUCUCAUUGGGUUAUGUUGUCCAAGUGUUUCCAACCAUUGUCCCUCCAAGAGAGCUGGAACGUUCUGAGCGGACGUAUGCUGCUUGGAACAGAAAUACUAAUAGGAUGGAUUUUGAUUUCGACACAAGGGACCCAUACAGAUCUGUCUGCAAGAAACCUAUUAUGUUUUUCUUGAACAAUAUUGGAAAGAAUGAAAAUACAACUCUAGGAUCAUAUAGACGAGCUAAGGGAAGAGAUGAUCUCAAAAGAAAAGUAUUCUGCUUUCCUCUAUCUCCUCCUUUGCCUGACGUGACUGAAAUUCUAGUUGUUAGCACUCCAUUGAACAACAAGUGGCAGUUGGUACCUAGGAGAUUAUGCAGUAAGCUAGGUCAAGAACAUAAUGGGACUCUCAGUGUUGUAGUUGGGCAGUGUGAACGAGGAGCAUAUGGGUCCGCUGCAAAUUCCUUGUGAGGGGGUUAACCUUGUACAUCAUGACUGAAUAGGAUGGCUUGAGAUAUGGUGAUUAUUGUAAGUGAAAGGUUUUAUUUUUACAUGCUUCGAGUUUAUUUUCCCCUCUUGGAGCUGCCUAUAGAUAAAUGGAGCAGUCUUUUGCAUUUUGGAAAGGAUUAACAUUAGGGAUUUAGUUAGUCUAUGUUAUGAUCUAUAGCAUCUGUUAGUGAAGCUCUAUUAUCUAUCAGCUUAAAUUCUGAUACAUUAUUUGGCUACUAAUAUCAGAAGGUAUUUGAUUUUGAUCUGAUCUCAAUUCAAUGAACAACUUAUCUGCUGUUUGUAUGCUUAUGCAGUUACAGUGAUGAUUGAUUUUGUAACCUUAAUUCAAUCAACUCAUUUUAUGUCAACAA